AUGGCAGAGGAGUACGAGGAGGAAUACUACGAUGAGGAAGAAGGCGAGGACUACAACGAGGAACAGGAGGACGACGCAGAGUACGAAUAUAAUGAGGAAGGUGGUGAUGAGGAUGGCGACAUUCAAGUUGGAGAGGAGAUUGACCUGACACACGAGGAAGUAUGGGACGACAGUGCUCUGAUCGAGGCAUGGGACAUGGCUGUGAAGCAAUACGAGGUCUAUCAUAGCAAAGCCAAUCCAAAGGACAACUCAAAGGACAAGGUCGCGAAAUCGUCGAUACCCCACUCCUCAAACAAGCACGAGAAUGCCGAUUCAGUACAACAGCCUACAACAUCUCCCACUAAGCGGACAAAACUCAAUCACAACAACAAGGUCACUACAACAUCACAGGUGACAAGAUCAGAGCCGGAUUCAUCUCCUACACCAACGGCUACACAAUCGCAACAAUCACCAUCACAAGGGGCAGUGCCACAGUACGAUGUAUCGGAACGGAAACCAAGCUUCAAGAAAGCCGACAAGCCAAGUUUCAACCACCACAAGGAACGUCGUGAGGAGUUUGAGAAAGAGAAGGCACGGAAAGCAAAGGCUUCAGCUUCGACGACAGCGGCGGGACCAUCUUCAUCUACAUCUGCAUUUGCUGCACCAGUACCAACAGUAGAUGCAGCGACUAUUGCAUACUAUCAAGAGCUGGGAUAUUACUACGACCCGAGCUACGCGGCAACACAUAAUGAAGGACAAGGACAAGAAGGAGAUGAGGACGGGGGCCAAUCGCAGGGGCAGGAGGAUCAGUUAGAUCAUCAUCAACAUCAACAUCAACAAGAGCAAGGGCAUAAUGGAUCCGGAAAUGAAGUUGAGGCAGCUGGAAAUAGCAAGAUAUCAGGAUCAGCUCACGCUUUGCAUGCCCUGGACCAACCGUGUACCCAUCUCAACCACCGUUUUACCCAUCUCCUCAUGGAUUUUAUCCCGGCUACUAUUCCGGCCAUCUCCCGCCAGUACCUCUAUCUCAUAUACCCCCAGGCGCACCGACAGCUGCAGCCGCAGCAGCGGGACCCAGAGGAGGAUUUGGAUUUCCAGCACCGCCAGGGAUGGUUCCUCCUGGUUGGAAUGGACCGGGUGGUCCGACGCCAUUUGGACAUGGUUCAUCUGCAGCCGGUGGACAAGGGACGAUUCCGCCACCACCAUUGCCACCUUUUCCACCACACACAGGUGGUAGUGGACCAUUUUCAGGACCAAAGAUGGACGAUGAAGCCCUUGGAAAUCUGA